AUGGAAUAUAUUUUAUGGAAUCGGAAAGAAUUCGACAUAAUUUAUAAUUGUACGGGAAUUAAUGUUGAUGAUAUUCCAAUUGAAAAAAGAAGAUAUCCAAUAGCUGCAAUUAUUUGUAUUUUACUUGGAUUUAUAUAUUAUCCUAUAUAUUUUCCUUGUCUUUACUCUUUUUGGAAAAAUAGAAACAAAAAUCCUUGUUAUAAGCUUUUAAUUUAUCUUUCAAUUUUGGAUAUUGGCAUACUUUGGUUGCCAACUUUCUCUGCUGGAAUUUUUAGUUUAAACGGUGUUGUUUACUGUACUUCCCCAAUAUCCACAUAUGUUGUUGGGUGUGCUUGUUUAUGUAAGUUUUUAAGAGUGUCCUAA